CGGAAGUGAUGUUAGUGCUCGUGCUUGCGGGUGAUGGUGAUGCGCAGCUCGUGAAGCUUCAGAGCAGGAAGACGGUUGUAUAACAAUCACAGAUCGCAGAUCAACACAAGCAGAGGGCGCUGUGACGAUGACUCCCUGCACCCCGCUCUCAUUGGUCGGCCUCCUCCUCCUGAGUCAGUGCUCCUCGGGGUCGGUGGAGGUUCUGACCCAGAGGAACGCAGACUUCGCCGCCCGGCUGUACCGAGCCGUGUCCAGCCGGACCGAUGACAACGUCUUCCUCUCCACCUUCACGCUGUCUGCUGGGCUGCUGGCGCUGGUGAGCGCCACCAACGGGUCGACCCAGGAACAGCUGCUGCGGGGACUGGGCCUGACUGGACUGGACCCCCAGACCCUCCCAGACCUGUUUCAGAACCUGAGGAGCCCCGUCACCAACCUGCGGCAGGGCGUGGCCGUCUUGCCAGCCCAAGGCGUUGUGGUGGCGCCCUCCUACCUGGACCUGGUUCAGACAAAGUUUGGGGCAAACGUUCAGAGUCUGGCCUACACGGCGCCGCAGGAAGCCACCGACACCAUCAACAGCUGGGCCCAGGAACGCACGGGAGACCAGGUCCAGGAUCUGGUGACCAAGCUGGACCCAAACACACAGCUGCUGCUGGCCACCGCCGCCUUCUACAAGGCCCAGUUCAGUCCGUCCUUCAACGCGUCCUUCACGCAGGACGAGCGUUUCUACGUGGGCAGGUAUCUCGUGGUCGUGGUUCCCAUGAUGUUCAGAGCCGGUAAGUUCUUCCUGGCGUACGACGGCUCGCUGAAAGUCGGCGUGUUGAAGCUGCCGAUGGCGGGCGAUGCCGCCAUGUUGGUGCUGCUGCCGGACGAAGGCGUGGAUGUCACCGCCGUGGAACAGGAAGUGACCGGAGAGAAGAUCCAGACCUGGAUCAGACAGCUGAAGAGGACGAAGUUGGAGGUGCAGCUUCCUCGCUUCCUGUUGGAGCGUUCCUACUCUCUGCGCGACGUCCUGCAGACACUCGGCAUCCAGCAGGUGUUCCAGGAGGACGCCGAGACCAGCAGCCUGGGCGGAGUCCGCCUCACACAGGUUUAUCAUAAAUCUGUUGUGUCCGUGGACGAGAGCAGCGAUGACAUCGUCACAGGAGGCGGAGCCAGUGCGUCCUCCACUCUGCCUCCUCGACUGACCGUCAACAGGCCCUUCAUCUUCAUCAUCUACCAGCAGACGAGUGGUGGCGUGCUGUCCGUGGGCCGCGUCAUCGACCCCUCCAGGAAAUAAGACCAGUCAAGUUCCCACGGGUGACAUCGGAGCGCUGCCGGGGAGCACGGCCACCGGGGGAAGAGGACUCUGGACCCUGGAGAACUUCAUCAGAACAUGAAAGAGACGUUUAGAUUCCUUGUGUAAAGCUUCUGCUGCCUGUCCAUGUCUCCUCCAGCUGCUAAUGUAACGUAUUAAAAGCUUUGAAAUGCACUGAGGUCGACCCGUACACUCAGAACUCCAGAUGAACCCCCAGCUGGACUUCCGUUAGCUUAACGAGCUCCGUUAGCAUGACGAGCUCAUGGACUGUGCAUGAACCAGAUGCUGUGAAGCUUUAAACAUUAAAUCAGAUUAAACAUG